AUGUUAGGACCGGCGGAACCAGGAGUUGAAACCAGAAGACUACGAAUAACACAUACUCUCUCCCUGUGCCACCCGUCGACCUAUUUUUGGCCAAGGCGCAAUAAGCUUUAUUCUGGGUUGGAUUCUAGAACCGUGCGCGCCGCCGCGCCGCCGCGCCGAUCCCCGCGCGGAGUAUCUACGUCGGCGAGCCCCGAUAGGCAUACUUAUUGCGCCAAUCCCCCAGCAAGAGUCCUCCAAACCACAUCAUGGCUGAUCUCCCUCCCCUGUCCUCGCUGCCCUCGCUCCCCCAGGAGGACCAAUUUCGCGUGCUGGACACGCUCUUCGAGUCCUCGCCGGAGAUACACCAGCUCAUGGCCCCCCGUGCUGUCCGGCCAGACAUUCACCUCCUAUGGCGGCCUGAUCGAUGCGGUAGGGGGGCGCAUGUCCGCGCUAUGCGCCGCAAACUCCCCCACCGAUCGCGACAUCCUGCAUGGCAUUCUGGGGUCGCACCCCCGGCUGGGCCGCGCACCCGCCAAUCCCGAGCACCUGAGUGAACUGAGCAAGAAGGAGCAGGCGCAAUUGAAUACCGGCGCGGAGGAGCAGGCUGAGAAGCUGGCAGCGCUGAAUGCUGAGUACGAGGCCAAGUUCCCUGGUUUACGGUUUGUCUUAACACAAGCACACGAACGGCGCUAUUUCUUAACUCCGCCGGCCUCGGAUGUUGCGUCGGGCUCCAGCAACAGCCAGAAUGACGGCCAGCGGAACAGUCGACGCCCGGCUGGUGGCCCGCUGGUCAGACAAUCAACUUCGCACACGCUGCAGGAGACCCGCGCCGAGUCUAACGCCAUUGAUCCGUUGUCACAGACCGAUCCCCGCCGCAGACCUUGUGCUAACGUUGCUCUGUUUCUCUCCCAUCAUAGAUAUAGGGUAUCGCUACUCAAUCGCAUUAUUGGCAAGAAAAACAAUCCGCUGUCCGAGCCUGAGGAUGAAACCUCAGAGACAGAGGAGAAUCGCAUGUCUGCCGACCAGUCGCAUCCGACCAGCUUCAUACCGCGACACCUUGCGCCGGCUCGCUAUCUCAAAGUACGCGCACACUAUAAAAAGGAUAAAACAUUCGACCACGUAUUCGAGGCCCAGGAACUACAGGGCGCUGCCCCAGAACGCCCGGCAGAUCGACGGAAGUCUGCUUCGUCAAAUAUCUCCAAGGGCGAGAGUCAUGGAAAAGCUAUUUGGGCAUUGGCAUUCUCAAAAGAUGGGAGGUACUUAGCGGCGGCUGGCCAGGACAGGAAGGUUCGCGUUUGGGCUGUCAUUACGUCUGCAGAGGAGCGCGAAAUGGCAAAGCUAGAAAGAGAGACGAGUCCAGAUGGGCAAGACCCUGUUCAUCUUUAUGCGCCAGUCUUCCAAUCCAAUCCUAUCCAAGUAUACGAGGCGCACACAGGGAGCAUUUUGGACCUAAGCUGGAGCAAAUUGCGCCUGUGGAGCAUUCCCGAUAAAAAUGUGGCUUACGUGACAACAGUCCCUGAUAUGAUAACCUCGGUGGCUUUUACCCCCGACGGCCGGCAUUCUCUGGCAGGGUGUUUGAACGGCUUGCUCAGUAUUCACGAUACGGAGGGCCUUAAGCUGUCAGGACAAAUUCACGUCCGCUCAGCCCGGGGCCGGAACUCGAAAGGUGCCAAAAUUACCGGCAUUGACACCAUCAAGGUACCACAGGAUGACCCCAAUGGAGAUGUCAAAGUGCUUGUCACCAGCAACGACUCCCGCAUUCGACUAUAUGAUCUUCGGGACCGGGUGCUGGAAGCUAAAUUCCGUGGGAAUGAGAACACGUGCAGUCAGAUCCGGGCUUCGUUUACGGAUGACGGAAAACACGUCAUUUGUGGAAGUGAAGAUCGCAGGACCUACGUCUGGCCCAUUGAGUCUCCGGAGCGGGACGCUGACAAGAGGCCAGUGGAGGUCUUUGAAACUCAGUCUACAAUUGUGACCGUCGCGAUCACAGCGCCGGCCAGAGCGAAGCAACUACUCAGCCUAAUCACCCGCAUAUAUGGCUCGUUCUACCCAUAUGGACGGCAACAUCAUCGUGAUAGCCGACUACUCGGGCAAGAUAAAAAUCCUUCGACAAGAUUGCGCAUAUCAGAAACGCCGCUACGAGAACUGGGAUCAGCACAACACUAUCUCUCGGCGCAUCCUGCGUCGCUCAAACUCCGCACGUCACAGUGUCGCCUCUUCCAUUGGCAAAGAUUCUACCCAGAAGACACCCUCCGAACGCAUCAUCUCGUGGCGGAACUCCGUCGUUCGCCAGGCGCGCUCCAGCCACGAGGGCUCGCGCUCUGGACUGCGCAGUCGCAGCCCCUCGCCGCAUCGACAGGGCACAACGCCCGUCUUCCGGCUCUCUUCCCCGUCCUUCCAGUCUGGGCCCCGGCGAGGCAUUAUCGGGCAUCGCCUCUCCAUCAGGGACGUCGCCAGUGCGACCUGGUAAGAAGUGGAGACCGGCAGCCGCAGAAGAAUGGACAGCGUGCGGAUGACCGUGCUUCGCAGGAGCUACAGGAUCUCCCGGCGUCAUCAGCCGAGCUAAUAUAUAGUGACAAGACUCAGGAGAAUCCUCUUUGGCUGCAGGGUGAUCAUAGCUAUGCGUACUGGCAGAAGAUCACACAAGACGCGAUGGCGAUCAAGUCUCGGCAGUCGAAUGACACGGAUCUUCUCAACCCGAACCACAUUCCCCCUGGUCUUGAACGCAAGUUGAGUACGGCUGGCAGUGUGCUCAGUAGUGAAUAUGAAUCCUCUGCCGUGGCCGAGGACGAGGAAGAUCUUAUGAGAUGUGAAAAUUGUCUUGGGACGAGUUUUCGAGGCGUCAAGGACCGCAGCGGAAAGCAGAAGUUGAUCUGUUCAAGCUGCAACCGGUUGGUCUCUUGA